AUGCCUUUUCUACGCCGUCGCGGCAACGUCGUCAGCGAGACAGAUAUGAGGCGCCAUACCAUUCUUGAUACCGAAUCCGUACCUCAGCUACCGCCGCUUCCCCAGCACUUUCCUCAGCAGCCUCAACCCCAACAACAACAACAACAGCAGCAGCAACCCCGACCUCAAUCGCAGCAGCACCAGAAGCAGCCAUUCGACCCCCAGCCGCAAGAAGCACCACAAUCGCAAACGUCGUUACCACCAUCGCAGGGGCAACAAGAGCUGCAGGAGAUAGAGCAGGAGCAGCACAGUGAGGAACCGCGAGGCUCUGUGUCUGCCUCAAUUCGGGAACCUCAGUCUACGCUCCUUGCUGUACCUGUGCAACUCGAUGGCGACGCCGAAGAGUCUGUUGAGCAAAACCCCGACGACCCAGAUGCCCGACCAGAUACUCCACCCAUUCAGGAAGAGACGCCGAAGCACCGUCGUUUCUCUAUAUUGAGAUUUCGCAAUGCUUCUGACUCGCAGUUGUCCCUCAGGGCUAAGCAACAGGCCGAGAAGCCUCCCCCUGUGCCUCGCCCACCCGAAAUCAUCACAACAGCCCCUACCGCCGAUUUCCAGGUUCCCCAAAAGAAACAAUCCCGCAUGCGACUCGCCGACCGAUUUAGACGCUCUGGCGAAUUGCCAAGGAACAGUGAAGACGGAGGCACCCGGCCCAUGACGUGGAAAUCAUCUAGAAGAAAGACGGGAUUGGAAGAUUUAGCUUCGAGGAACCGACCGACUCUCGUGACUUUCGAAGAGCCUGGUCGUCCAUCGUCGUCGAGAGCGCCGACCAACGGAGAACGUCACGAUGUUCCCAACCUAUCUCUCCCCGCAAACCGAGCUUCAGAGUCAUCACGGUCCGACGCAAGCUCCGGAGAGCACCUGUACACCACAAACACGGCGGGCAACUCGCCCCCAGCACACCCAGGCUCUAGCUUUUUCCGUUUGCCUCGGAGGAAACACAAGGCUGCGGCUCCCAUGUUCGACUUGUCACAUCUGCCGCAAAAAGGCAAGCCUACGAAUGGGAAUGAAAACGCUGCGGCAUCAUCCUCAUCGCUCGGCGCAUCUCAACCGACUGCUGUGUCUACGUCUCGAGAGAACACCCCGCGUCCCCAGCAGGGAUCGCGCCCCCAAUCGAGUCACAGUGCGCGCGCCGACUCAGUAGCAUCCUCUGCACAAGAUCACCCAGCCAAGCCAAAUGCCUCACCCGCUACCGCUCUCUUCAUGCCAGGGUCAACUCAUUCGGGCCAAUCCUCACCGACUCGCGCCCGGUUACAGCGCCGAGGUAGAUCGUCGACGAUGAGCUCGUUAGGAAGGGAAUCAACAGAUGGCCAUCUUGAUCCGGGAACCGGACGAACAUCGACAUCGGUCGGUCGCAAGAGCUUCGGCGACCUUUUCGGGCUUAACCGUUUGCGCCAAAACUCGGAUCUUGGUCAGGGGCGGCAGGGCAGCCUAACACCAGCUACCCCCGGCUCCAAUACGUCGAAGAAUAAUUCUUUGCAGAUUGCGCGCGAACCAAUCGCCCUGCCCGACAAGCUCGAAGACGAAACACCUGUUAAAUAUCUUGCUCGGAUUGAGGAGAUACUCAGUCGCGGAGUGAUUGCUAGCGCGCUGUCUAAAGGAAGCGAUCCGUUCUCGAUAGCGGUCCUCCGCAGCUACAUGCGCCGUUUCAGCUUCUUUGAAUAUCCGAUGGAUAUGGCUAUCCGAAAGCUCCUCAUGGAGGCCGAGUUGCCAAAGGAAACACAACAAAUCGACAGAUGUCUUCAGGCUUUCGCCAAUCGUUACCACGAAUGCAAUCCCGGCAUAUAUGCCUCUCCCGACCAGGCGUACUUCGUCGCCUUUUCUCUCCUCAUCUUACACACCGAUGUCUUCAACAAGAACAAUAAGCACAAGAUGCAGCAACACGACUACUUGAAAAACACCCAAGGAGAGGGUGUUUCAGAUUCAAUCCUGAGGUGCUUUUACGACAACAUUACGUAUACCCCUUUCAUUCACGUUGAGGACGAUUUGGACCUCAGCAGCGAUCGACUUUUGGCAAACAGGGCCAAGCGGAAGACGCUUUUCCCGGGAGGCACACCAGAGACCGUCGCCAGGCGGUCAACUCGUGAGCCUCUUGACCCCUAUACUCUUAUAAUAGAUGGCAAGCUGGAUAUCUUGCGGCCGAGUCUCAAGGACGUGAUGGAACUUGAGGACCAUUACAACUACUUGGGAACGGCAAAGGAUCUCAACGUAAAAGAGCUGCAGAGAACAUUCUUUAGAACCGGUGUCUUGCAAAUCGUAUCGGCUAGGUCACGGCCGGAUGCUUUCCGUGAUGACAAGGGCUCUACUAAUCCGGCUGAGGCAGCUCAAGGCGUUGUUGAUAUCAAGAUCACCAAAGUCGGCCUCUUGUGGCGUAAGGAUGCCAAGAAGAAGAAGACAAGGUCCCCGUGGCAGGAAUGGGGGGCUAUUCUGACCGGCGCUCAGCUAUAUUUCUUCCGCAACACCACCUGGAUCAAGAACUUAAUGCACCAAUACGAGACCCAUGUCAAACAGGGAUUCGAUGGGGAGCCGAUUACUUUUAAGCCACCACUUCCAGAAUUCAAGCCGGACGGAUACCUACCGACAAAGGAAGCGGUUGCUCUCGUCGACGCUACAUACAAGAAGCACAAGAAUGCCUUCAAGUAUUCUCAACCCAGUGGCUACGUCGAGGAAGUCCUUCUAGCCGACAACGAGGAGGAAAUGAAUGACUGGCUUGCCAAACUCAACUAUGCUGCCGCCUUUACAACUUCAGGCGUCCGCAUGCGGGGCGUUGUGGGCGGCAACUACGAAGGUCAGAGCCGGCGCGGUAUCAGGAGACUUGGUAGUUCAGCCUCUGCGCAAGUAAUUCAGACGCCCACCGGCGAUGUCAGCAUCGUACGCGGCAAGAUCGACCACAAGGAGGCCGAGUCCAUCCAGGCGCAAAGGCGGCAGACUAUGAUGGAUGCAGUUGCCAAAGCUGACGAGGAGAUCGCCCUCAAAGAGCAAGAGCUCGAGGUUCACCUGAGGAACGCCCGACACUUGCAAAUCCUGUCGCCCAUCCAAGCCAAAACUCGAGAUCAGAUCCUCUCAGCCGCGGCCCAUAUGGAUGUCAAGAUCAAAUGGAUCCGCAUGGACAUAUGGAAAUCAAGGUGUCAUCGGGAUGUCCUGUUGAAGGAUUUGGCUGAGGAACAAAACCUGCAGGGCUUAACACCCUCCAAGAUACAGAAUGGGCACGAGCCUCUUGAGGCGUCUCCAGCUCGGGAGAGACCGUUCAUUCUCGAAGCUGGAUCGGCAAACAGUGUUGCGCGAAGACGCCGGCGGUCAUCUGCUGCCGUCUCUACCAUUCAGGGAUCUUCCAAAACGCCACAGGCAGAGCCUGAAUCGCCGGUCACUGAUGCUUACCAGACGCCUCCAACAAGCGCGACUUUCAGUCCGCACAAGCAUCAAAACUCUUGGGAUUCCAAGGUCUCCAAAUCGAUGGAACAUCUGCAGCGCAAAAGACCUGGCUCCAGCUCCAGCCAUUCGUCUGCCGAGCCGACUUUUUACAGCCCGAAACAACAUUCGACACCAAAGAAGGAUAAGGGUGCUGAACAGGAAAGCGCCGGUCAUCUCUCGCAUCACCGCAGCAGGAAGGGCAAAGAAAUACUCACUGGCGGUGGUUCAGAAGACACUGGUCGCGAAGACGUGCUUACGAGAGGCUCCGGGAGUUUUGUGGUUCAUGGGAAGAAGGCAUCAGUCAUCAACUUCGGCUCCGAGUUACAGCAACUUUCUCCGGAAGAACGUAUAAGGCACCGAAAGCAAGAUCAGCGGGACGAACCUGCAUCCCCGACAAGCCUAGACGAAGACUUCCACGAUGCUUUGAACAGUUCCUUGGCUCCUAACGAACGACGAGAAUCGGCCGCUAGUGCCAGCACUGCCACGGCUAGAAGUUUCCGCGAACUUCAUCGCAAAUACUCCUCGGCACACGCAUCCAGGCCACCCGUAUUUGGCGGGCGACUGUCGGUGCCUUCUGAUGGCGAGAGCGAAGCAGCAGUCAGCUUUUCGGAGGGAAGACGAACGCCACUGCCUCCUAUCGAGAACGAAUCUGGAGAUGAGGAAGAAACUCAAGUCUCAGUCGACAGCCCCCAACCCAUUGCAAGUCCACAGCCAAUCUCUGGUCCGCCUCUCAUCCUUAGCCCACGGCCCAUACCUGCGUCGCUAGCGACCCCUUUCUCGACCCCCUCCGAGCCAACAACCCCGCUGGAGCCUCAAAAGGAGGCGGAUGAGGACGACCAGGGGGCUGAGAUGCAGCGACUACCCAGCCCGUCCGUUCAAGCAGUCAAGGCCUAG